UGAUCCUGGCAAUUAUUAUUCUUUUUGGGAGAAAAAUCUUGGAAAUCUGGGGCAGUUUACUGUGCUCCUGAGGCGAUUGUCUUUUUCAAGAGCUGACCAGUGCAAGCUACUUAGAGCCAUUUUCUUGGAAGUAAAAAGCAUUUUCCUCCCUGAAGAAGGAUUUUUUACUCCUGCUCUGCAGUCAAGUAAGAGAGAUUAGUCCCUAAGCCUGUGAAAUUGACCAGCACCGUGUGAUUACCAGGGCUCCAGAAGGGACUCAAAAGGAAAAGAGAAAGAAACCAAGCAAACUGUCAGUUCCUUUGGCCACAUCAGAAGAUGUCAUCUCAAACUAAGUUCAAGAAAGACAAAGAGAUCAUUGCUGAAUAUGAAGCCCAAAUAAAAGAGAUCCGCACGCAGCUGGUGGAGCAGUUCAAAUGCCUGGAGCAGCAGUCCGAGUCUCGGCUGCAGCUGCUUCAAGACCUCCAGGAGUUCUUCCGCAGGAAAGCUGAGAUCGAACUGGAAUAUUCCCGCAGCCUGGAGAAGCUGGCUGAGCGUUUCUCCUCCAAGAUCCGCAGCUCCCGAGAGCACCAGUUCAAAAAGGACCAAUACCUCCUCUCCCCUGUGAACUGUUGGUAUCUGGUCCUGCAUCAGACCCGGCGGGAGAGCCGAGACCAUGCCACCCUCAAUGACAUCUUCAUGAACAACGUCAUCGUCCGCCUCUCCCAGAUCAGCGAAGAUGUCAUCAGGCUCUUCAAGAAGAGCAAGGAGAUUGGCCUGCAGAUGCACGAGGAGCUCCUGAAGGUGACCAAUGAGCUCUACACAGUCAUGAAAACCUACCACAUGUACCAUGCGGAGAGCAUCAGCGCAGAAAGCAAGCUGAAGGAGGCUGAGAAGCAGGAGGAGAAGCAGUUCAACAAAUCAGGAGAGCUCAGCAUGAACUUGCUCCGGCAUGAGGACCGGCCCCAGCGCCGCAGCUCUGUGAAGAAGAUUGAAAAGAUGAAGGAGAAGAGACAAGCCAAGUAUUCGGAGAACAAGCUGAAAUGCACAAAGGCCAGGAAUGACUACCUACUAAAUCUGGCAGCCACCAAUGCUGCUAUCAGCAAAUAUUAUAUCCACGAUGUCUCCGAUCUCAUUGAUUGCUGUGACUUGGGCUUUCAUGCCAGCCUGGCGCGCACCUUCCGGACCUACCUCUCUGCUGAGUACAACCUGGAAACCUCUCGCCAUGAGGGGCUGGAUGUCAUUGAGAACGCAGUAGAUAACCUGGACUCCCGGAGCGACAAGCACACGGUCAUGGACAUGUGUAACCAGGUCUUCUGCCCCCCGCUGAAGUUUGAGUUCCAGCCCCACAUGGGGGAUGAGGUGUGCCAGGUCAGUGCACAGCAGCCGGUGCAGACGGAGCUGCUCAUGCGGUACCACCAGCUGCAGUCCAGACUGGCCACACUCAAGAUAGAGAAUGAGGAGGUUAGAAAAACCCUGGAUGCCACCAUGCAGACCCUGCAGGAUAUGCUGACCGUCGAGGACUUCGACGUCUCCGAUGCCUUCCAGCACAGCCGGUCUACAGAGUCCGUGAAGUCCGCUGCCUCUGAGACCUACAUGAGCAAGAUCAAUAUCGCCAAAAGGAGAGCCAACCAGCAGGAAACGGAAAUGUUUUAUUUUACGAAAUUUAAAGAAUAUGUGAAUGGCAGUAACCUCAUCACUAAGCUACAGGCCAAGCAUGACUUACUCAAACAGACUCUGGGUGAAGGAGAGAGAGCAGAAUGCGGCACCACCAGGCCCCCCUGUCUUCCCCCUAAACCACAGAAAAUGAGGAGACCUAGGCCUCUUUCAGUGUAUAGCCAUAAACUCUUUAACGGCAGUAUGGAAACGUUCAUUAAGGAUUCAGGACAAGCUAUACCACUUGUAGUUGAGAGCUGUAUUCGAUACAUCAAUUUAUACGGACUCCAACAACAGGGGAUCUUCAGAGUGCCAGGGUCUCAGGUUGAAGUGAAUGACAUAAAAAAUUCCUUUGAGAGAGGUGAAGACCCCCUUGUGGAUGAUCAGAACGAGCGAGAUAUCAACUCAGUAGCUGGUGUUUUAAAACUGUAUUUCCGAGGACUGGAAAACCCACUCUUUCCUAAGGAAAGGUUUCAAGAUUUGAUAUCUACUAUUAAACUGGAAAGCCCAGCUGAGAGGGUGCACCAGAUCCAGCAAAUCCUCAUUACCCUGCCCCGUGUGGUCAUCGUGGUCAUGAGAUACCUCUUCGCUUUCCUCAACCACCUCUCCCAGUAUAGCGACGAGAACAUGAUGGAUCCCUACAACCUGGCCAUCUGCUUCGGGCCCACCCUCAUGCACAUCCCUGAUGGACAGGACCCUGUGUCCUGCCAGGCACACGUCAAUGAAGUCAUCAAAACCAUCAUCAUCCAUCAUGAAGCCAUCUUCCCCAGCCCCCGGGAGCUAGAGGGACCCGUAUAUGAAAAAUGCAUGGCUGGAGGGGAAGAAUAUUGUGACAGCCCACACAGCGAGCCAGGCACCAUCGAUGAGGUGGACCAUGACAAUGGCACGGAGCCACACACCAGUGAUGAAGGAUUUUUCAAACCCACUCCAAGGUGGAAGAUGAGUAGAAUGGAUCUGCAAAAGAGCACAGGAAGGCAGAUGGCAGACGUGGGAGUGCGGUUACGGUCAGAUGGAGCGGCCAUCCCCAGGCGUCGAAGCGGGGGAGACACCCACAGCCCACCUCGGGGCCUGGGCCCCAGCAUAGACACACCACCCCGAGCUGCCGCCUGCCCCAGCAGCCCCCACAAACUCCCCCUCACCCGGGGGCGGAUCGAGAGCCCUGAGAAGAGGAGGAUGGCGACAUUUGGGAGCGCCGGCAGCAUCAACUACCCUGACAAGAAGGCGCUCUCAGAAGGGCACUCCAUGAGGUCCACCUGCGGCUCCACCCGGCACAGCAGCCUGGGGGACCACAAGUCCCUGGAGGCCGAGGCCCUGGCAGAAGACAUCGAGAAGACCAUGAGCACGGCGCUGCAUGAGUUGCGGGAGCUUGAGCGGCAGAACACGGUCAAGCAGGCGCCAGAUGUGGUGCUGGACACCCUGGAGCCCCUGAAGAACCCGCCAGGCCCCAUCAGCUCGGAGCCUGCCAGCCCCCUGCACACCAUCGUCAUCCGCGACCCCGACGCCGCCAUGCGUCGCAGCAGCAGCUCCUCCACCGAGACCAUGACCACCUUCAAGCCCGCCCUGUCCGCCCGCCUGGCUGGUGCCCAGCUGCGCCCACCUCCCAUGCGGCCAGUGCGGCCUGUGGUCCAGCACCGGUCCAGCAGCAGCAGCAGCUCGGGUGUGGGCAGCCCAGCCGUGACGCCCACAGAGAAGGUGUUCCCCAACAGCUCCACAGACAAGUCAGGCACCAUGUGACCCGCAGGCUAGGCAGCACCACCAUGGCCCACUGUGGCCCACCCAGGCCUGGGGUGGCCUCGGUGGCUCCCACUUGCUUCCCGGUGAUGUGGGCCUCAGAGGGCAGGGCCCAGGAGAUCAGCCUGGAAGGGUUUGUAUGUGUCUGUGGAGAGCAGAGGCCCAGGCAUUAGCUGAUGCUCACACUCAGCCAUGCGAAUCCCACAGACCUCUUGUGUGCAAACAGACACGCAGAGGAAUGCUGGAGCAAGAACAACCCAGUGUAGCCAUCCCAAGAUCCAGGCAACAUGCUCAUGGCUUCUCCUGCAUAGCGCCACUGGAAGGGUAGUCUCUCAACCUAUGUAUAUAUGUG